AUGGAUGAAAGUUUGAGAACAGCUGCUCGUACAGGAAAUGUUAGUGAUUUGUAUUCAUUAAUUCAAAGAAAUGGAAAUGUUUUGAGGAGUUUUGAUGAAGUGGAGUUUAUGGAAACUCCAUUACACGUAGCUGCAGAAGAAGGAUGCAUUGGGUUUGCAAUGGAGAUGAUGAACUUAAAGCCAUCAUUUGCCAGGAAGCUAAACCAACAAGGUUUGAGCCCAAUUCACAUUGCGGUUAAAAAAGGGCAUAAAGAGAUGGUGCUACGCUUCCUAGAGAUUGAUAAAGAUCUUGUUCGUGUCAAAGGGAAGAAGGGUAAGACUCCCUUGCACUUGAUAAGUAAAGUUGGAAACCCUGAUGGCUUGGUCGAUAGGUUUUUGGAGGUUUGUCCCCAAAGUGUCAUAAACGUUACAACUAGGAAUCGUACUGCUUUGCAUAUUGCAGCGGAAAAGAAUAGAUUGGACUCUUUCCAAGUUCUAAUUCGAACACUUAAAAAGAAUGACUACUGUCAAGAAGUAGUGAACAGGAAAGACGAAGAUGGCAAUACUGCACUGCACAUAGCUGCUAUCAAUAAUCAACCCCAGAUGCUCAAACUACUACUAGAAUGCAAAGCUGAUAAGCAUGAGACCAAUGAGGCUGGUUUGACGGCACUGGAGGCAGCGCAUCAACAGAACAAUAUUGAAAGCAUUAGCAUUCUGCGUGAUUGCUUUAGUCCACGAGUUUCCAACUUUAAAUAUAAGUUGAAGAAACAAAUUGGCAAGUAUGUGGCAAAGGCAUCAUCGUUAAUCUUUGAUGAUGUAGACAAUAUAUCAAGCGAGGACCGCAGUACCUUACUAAUAAUUUUAGGACUGCUUCUAACGGCAUCCUUCCAAGUGACUAUUAGCCCGCCUGGUGGUGUUUUGCAAGGAGAAAAUUUCUCAAAGUCCAAAGGAUCAUAUGAUGCAAAUGCACCGGGAAGAUCAGUCUUGGGUGCAGUUAACUAUCUUCGUUUCUUUGUUCCAACUUAUUUUGUGUUUAUGACAGCAUUUUUCUUAACAUUAGCCCUCCUUAAACCUUUUCCCAUUGGUUUCAGGACUGCACUUCAAAUAUUGCUUGCACUGACAGUGCCAGGGGGGCAGCGGAAGAAGGCAGCAGAAGGAGACCAGGAUGGGCAGCGGCAGAGGGCAGCAUGCAGGGCGCAGGGGGAGCUGAGGUAUUACGCCUAUCUGUCAAGCGAGACCGUUUCGGGUAUUCUUUACUCGAAUUUUGACCCAUUUAUCAUAUUUUUACAUGAAUACUGUCAAGUUCUAAUCCAAACGCUUAAGAAGCAAAACUACUGUCAAGAAGUGGUGAACAGGAAGGACGAAGAUGGCAACACUGCACUGCACAUAGCUGCUAUCAAUAAUCAACCCCAGAUGCUCAAACUACUACUAGAAUGCAAAGCUGAUAAGCAUGAGACCAAUGAGGCUGGUUUGACGGCACUGGAGGCAGCGCCUCAACAGAACAAUAUAGAAAGCAUUAGCAUUCUGCGAGAAGUUUCAAACUUUAGGUAUAAGUUGAAGAAACAAAUUGACAAGUAUGGGUCAAAGGUAUCGUCAUUAAUCUUUGACAAUAUAGACAAUAUAUCAGGCGAGGACCGCAGUGCCUUACUAGUAAUUUUAGGACUGCUUCUAACAACCACCUACCAAGUCACUCUUAGCCCGCCGGGUGGAGUUUGGCAAGGAGAAGAUCGCCUUCCAAAUAUACAGGGGAAAUCAGUCAUGGAACAAACCAUCUUUCUUAAUUUCUUUGUGCCAACAUAUGUUGUGUUUAUCGCAACGUUUUUUUUAACGUUAGCCCUCCUUAAGCCUUUUCCCGUUGGUUUCAGGACAACACUUCAAAUACUACUUGCAUUUUUGGCAAUAUGCUUCCAUCAGUCAAUAAGUAUCAUAGCUCCAACAGAUAUUGUCAUCUAUAUGUUUUCGACGUUCUUUGUUUUCUUAUUGGUGUUGAUGGGUAUUGCUUAUCGGGCGUCGAAAUUCAUCACUUCAAUUCUGGGAUUUUGGUUAUUCCCAUGGUUAUUCCUUUUUCUGUAUGAUGAAUUUUGGGAAGGAACCAUUAUAAUUGUAGGAUAUUGUUUAUACUCCACGAUUGAAUUCUUAGAAUUUGGUAGUACUCUUUCCUUCUUUGGAACUCCUACUCCUUACCAGUUACGCGUUGGUACUUCCUCGUUAGGCUUUAGUACGGGCUUAUGGUGCUGGUUGUUCAUUAGUCUAUGCAGGUUCAGCAUAUAACGAUAUUGUACAUGUUAUAAUUCUUGAAUAAUCAGAUUUAUAAUUAUUCUUAUUU